AAGACUUUGUUGUUCUUUAUUUACACUUCUAAGUUUUUGCUUAAAUCACAUUUUAAAUUACGAAAUAAAAUGGAAGAAAACGUUGCGUUGGAUUCUAGCAAACAAAAAAAGUUUAUCAAAUCCAUUAAAGGAUUGCAAAAAACUAUAAAGAAGAAAAAAACGCAAGCGACGGAUCAGACCCCCGUCACCCCUAAAGUACAAGAAGAGAAAAUAAAAAAAAAGAAACGUGUAAGAGGGCUUGUUUAUUUGGGACAUAUCCCACAUGGAUUUUAUGAGCAUCAAAUGACACAAUACUUCAGUCAGUUUGGAGGUGUUUCUAACUGUAGAGUGAUCAGAUCAAGGCGCACUGGCAGAUCUAAAGGAUAUGCAUUUGUAGAGUUUCAUGAUCCUGCUGUCGCACAAAUUGUUGCUGAGACCAUGAAUAAUUAUCUCAUGGGGAAAAGAUUGAUAAAAGCUGCUUACAUACCACCUGAUAAACGAAGAUGGGCCAUGAGAUACACAUGGAACCCUCAGAACAAUCCUGUCUUAAAUACGAAUCUGAAACUUAAAAAACAAUACAACGCAGUAAAGAGUGAUGCUGAAGAAUUAAGAAGUGCUCGUAAAUUAAUGAAAAGUUUAAAUAAAACAAAGAAAAAGUUAAAGGAAUUGGGCAUCAAUUAUGAUUUCUUCAUGCCCGUAGAUAUCCCAGAAGAAUUAACAGAAAUUGAGUAAAUAAAACUAGUACCACAAGCGACAGUGAGAAGUUGAAGUUUAAGAAGCAGAACAAAAAGAACCCCAUCAGUAAACAAUGAAAAAAGAAAAAGCAAUGUAUAAUAUUUAAGUCAAAGUAAAUACAAUACAAGAAA